AUGACCCACUUCAAAGAGGAGCAACUAAAGGCUGUUGAUGAUGAUAUCAAUGCUUUUUUGGACUACAUGUUUGGACCUCGAGAUUCUCGAGUCAGAGGAUGGUUCAUGUUGGACUCUUACCUACCCACCUUUUUUCUUACUGUCUUGUACCUGCUCUCAAUAUGGUUGGGUAACAAAUACAUGAAGAACAGACCUGCUCUUUCUCUCAGGGGUAUCCUCACCUUGUAUAACCUCGGAAUAACUUUCCUUUCUGCAUACAUGCUGGUAGAGCUCAUUCUCUCCACUUGGGAAGGAGGCUACAACCUACAGUGCCAAAACCUCACCAGCGCAGGGGCUGCGGAUGUUCGGGUGGCCAAAGUGUUAUGGUGGUACUACUUCUCAAAAUUAAUAGAGUUCCUGGACACCAUUUUCUUUGUUUUGCGGAAAAAAACCAGUCAGAUCACUUUCCUGCAUGUGUAUCACCAUGCGUCUAUGUUUAACAUCUGGUGGUGUGUUCUGAACUGGAUCCCCUGUGGACAAAGUUUCUUUGGACCGACACUCAACAGUUUCAUCCACAUUCUCAUGUACUCCUACUAUGGGCUUUCUGUGUUUCCAUCCAUGCACAAGUUUCUUUGGUGGAAGAAGUAUCUCACACAGGCGCAGCUGGUACAGUUUCUGCUCACCAUCACGCACACCCUGAGCGCCGUUGUCAGGCCCUGUGGCUUCCCCUUCGGUUGUCUCAUCUUCCAGUCGUCCUACAUGCUUACGCUAGUUAUUCUCUUCUUGAAUUUUUAUUUUCAGACGUACCGGAAAAAAACAGUGCAGAGAGCUGACGACGGCUUACCAGCACAAAAAGAAGUCAUAAACGGUUUUUCCAGAGCCCACUUCCCAGUCACUAAUGGAGUGACAAGCAAGAAAACCCAGUAA